AUGGUUCAGAACUUCACUCUCGUUGCUGUCAAGCCGGGCUCUCCCAUCGACAACAGCCCCAUCACGGCAACCCAAUCCGGCCUGCACCUCAAAUCCCACGAGCAACCCGCAAUAUUCCAACUCAAGGGAGAUGAGUUGUUUCUGUACAACGAUCCGCCAGCACAGAAACUCUACACAGACCGUUCUGGAAUGGGCCAGGGCAUCCUUCAGUACACUCGCGAUGCUGCAGCAGCCGCCACCCUCAACCCUAACCGCAUCGAGCAAAACGGUUGGGCUGUUCACGGUGACCGCCUUCAGCUAAAGGGUACCAACUUCCUCGCCACCCCUGGCGGCAGUGGUGGCUCCUGGGCUGUCUGGAUGAACACCGGCAACCCAAACCCUGGAGGUCAGUCAGGUGGUGUAGAAUUCGAGGCGAAGAUCGUGCCUGUCUCGCAUCCUACUGGCCAUCAUUACUCGACCUUGUAA